AUGCAGUUCGCUCUACCUCCGCGGAGUCCCCAUCCUCUCCCUAGCGCCCGAUCGACUCGAUUGCCAUACUACCGCAAGAAACAGCUGAAGACUGUCGCUGUCGCUGCGAUCGCAAUUGCCACGAUCCUCUAUCUCCUCUCCUACUUUACCUCUUCAAGCUCGACAUCUGCUGUGACCGCGCCGGCUAGCACUUCAGGCGUUGUGAUCGUCACAGUUCUGGAUCGUAAAGUGCUGAGUGAGAGCUUCAUUAAGAAGAUCGUGACCAAUCGCGAAGAUUAUGCAAAGCGUCAUGGGUAUACGAAUUUCUUCGCAAGCACAUCCGACUACGAGGAAACCAUCGGCGACUCACCCCGAAGCUGGGCUACACUCCCCGCCGUCCGACAUGCCCUUGCUAAAAACCCAAGCUCAAAAUACUUCUUCCACCUCAGCGCCCAUGCGCUGAUAAUGAACCCGACCAAGUCGCUCAAGUCACACUUGUUAGAUCGGAGCAAACUAGAAUCGCUCAUGAUGAAGGACGUAUCCGUCGUCCCGCCAGACAGCAUUAUCAAAACAUUCUCGCAUCUCAAGGAGAAAGAUGUGGACCUGAUUGUUACCCGGGAUGGCGAGGAUCUCAGUCCUGGCAGCUUCAUCCUCAAGAAUGGCGAUUUUGCUCGCUAUUUUCUCGAUCUCUGGUUUGAUCCGCUAUAUCGCAGCUAUGGAUUUGCAAAGGCCGAGACGCAUGGAUUGGAUCAUAUCAUUCAAUGGCAUCCGACAGUUCUCGCCCGAACGGCUCUGGUUCCGCAACGCGUUUUGAAUGCUUACAGCAAAGACUCGUCUGGCGCAGAAGCAGAUGGGACUUACAAGGAUGGCGAUCUCGUCCUUCGUUUCCCUGGAUGCGAAGCUAAAGGCGGCGAUUGCGACGAACUGAAUCCGUAUUACAUGCUCUGGCAGAAGAAGGCGAAAAAUGGUUGA